AUGGACCCGGAGAUGAAUCAUUCCGGCCCGGGCGCGUGGGAUGAUAACGGUAAUGACACCGGCGGCCCGGGCUCCGGAAACGGAAGCGGAAGCGGAAGCGGAAGCGGAACGGCCACCACCGCGGCCGCAAAGCGCACCCGUGUAUUGUUAUCCUGCGCCCCCUGCCGCGCAUCCAAGCUAAAGUGCGACCGCUCCGAGCCGUGCGGCCAAUGCCUCAAGAAGGCCCGCCCGGAUGGCUGUGUUUACGCCCCCAAGCCCGAGAAGCAGAAGCCGGUGAAGGGCAUGGCGGCGCGGCUCAAGAGGCUUGAAGGGAUGGUGCGGACGAUGAUGGACGAGGGCGUGGCGGUUCCUCCGGACAGCGCUGCGGCGGUGCCGAAGGAGGAGGGCGUCGCGCAACCGGGCGGGCAUUUUUUCCAGGGGGGAGGGUCUUCGACUUAUGUCGGAGCCACCCAUUUCAUGGCUAUUUUGGACGAUAUUGAGGAUAUGAAGAGUUACUUUGAUGAGCCCGACGUCGAUGCGGAGCGGGAGGGUGAAAGUCCCGGCCUGUCUGACGAUCUCGAAGCCCCUGAUAUGUUGCUGUUCUCGAGGAACAUUCCUCGAAACCGCGAGGGUCUGCUGAGGCUGCUCCCUGAACGCAAGAUUGCGGAUCGCCUCGUCAUGCGGUACUUUUCUUCUCAGAGCCCGUCACAGCACAUCAUCCACAGACCGACGUUCGUCAAGCAAUACGCCCGAUUCUGGACAAAUCCCUCCGAAGCAUCGUUUCACUGGCUCGCACUUCUGUUCAUGAUCAUGUCGCUAGCCGUAUUCUAUUCGACGUUUUUCGCACCUCAGGAGCUAUCGAACGACUCCCCCCUGCCGCCGAUGGACCGCUUCAAGAUGUUUCGCACCGCAGCUGCAUGGUGCCUCGUCUGGGGGAAAUUCACCCAUCCGUCCAUCGCAACCAUUCCGCCCUUCAUCCUCUACGUCGAGGCAGAGUUCAUCAUCAGCCGCGCCGCCCAGAUGAACUGCUACAUCCUGUCGUCCGUCUGCCUCCGCCUGCUCCUCAAGAUGGGCCUGCACCGCGACCCGAGCAAGCUCGCCAACAUAUCGGCGUACGAGGGAGAAAUGAGACGGCGCAUGUGGAACAUGGCCGUCCAGCUGGACCUCAUCGUGUCCUUCCACAUGGGCCUGCCGAGCAUGCUCAACGGCAUCGACUGCGACUGCGAGCUCCCCGGGAACCUGAUAGACGAGGACUUUGGCGAGGACUCGGUGGAAUUGCCAAACCCAAGGCCGAUGACGGAUUAUACCGAGAUGACGUACCCGAUCACCAAGUCCCGUCUGAUGCGUGUGUUUGGGCAGAUCGCGCGAGAGGCGCACCUGCUCACGCCCGCGCCCUACAGUGAGGUGAUGCGUCUCGACGGGCUACUCAAAGAGGCCUGGCGCAAGCUCCCGCAGUUCCUCGAGGUCCAGCCGCUGGAGCAGUGCGUCACGACGCCGCCGAUGCAAAUCUUCCAGCGGUUCGGGCUGGCCUCGCUGUACAACAAGAGCCGCUGCGUUCUCCACCGACGGUUUCUCCUCGAACCUGUCCCCAAGAAGGAGCACGACUACUCGCGAUGGCAGUGUAUCGAGGGCGCGGUGACCAUCCUGGAGUAUCAGAACACGAUGUGUCAUGCGUGCCAGCCGGGUAACAUGUUGUCUCAACACGGCUGGUUCGUGUCAUCCCUAGCGGUGCACGAUUUUCUCAUGGCCGCCAUCAUCGUGUACCUUGCCAUCGGACAUGCGCCCUUCUGGGACGAGGGAGAGCACGAGUGGAUGGACAACUUUACGCCGCGGCUGACGAAGGGCCGUUUGCUGCAUCUGCUGCAGAAGUCUUAUACCAUAUGGGUCGGCCUCGUUGGGGAGGAGUCUGAGGUCAAGAAGACGGUUGGCAUGUUGCAGACAAUGCUGACCAAGCUUGGGUCUCCGGGUAACUCGCCGUCGAAGGUGGGCGAGACGGGGGCGCCAGCUUCGGUGCAACGAAGUGAAGCGACGACGUCGAGUUACGAUUCACAGUUUCUCACGGGUCUCUCAAUCAGUGGUGAGACAGUGUUUGGUCAUGGCAAAAACAUUUCUAGUGUUGCUAACAAUGAGACAGACGUGGCAUCGACCGUCCCCUCGAGCGUCACGAACCACAUCCAGUCCCUGGGCUUCGGCGAACCAGGCGUGGGAGCCGGGGAUUCUGGUCUCGACCGUGAGUGGAUUGCAGUCGGCGAGGAGAUGGACUGGCGCUACUUUGACAACAUCGUGAGCCAAAGAAACAACGACCCCACCGGCGGCUACGAUGCAGGCCAGCCGGCGUGGUUCGACCAAGGACCGGCGCUCGAAGACUUUGACUUCUCGGCGGCCGGGACUUGGGACCCGAACCUGGGACAGCAAGGUUGA